ACACUCUAGGAGGCUGGACUGUGAGAGUCCUCAGUUUAAGUCUGAGGAAGGGGCCAGUUUCCCCUCGGGAUUCAGAGGCGAAGCCCAGAAACCUCGGUGCUGUGGGAAAGGCUCGCCUUGUCAUAUACGCUCGGUAGCUCCAGAUCCUUCCAGCCGCAGAACCAAGGGGACCCUCGACCCGCAGCUCUCGCCGAAAGCUACUUUGUCGGCUGACGCCGGAUCCUCCACUCCGGCGACCCUCGAAUCAACCCACGCGUCCCCAGACACAGCGUCCACCUCACUCACCUAGAACAAGUGACCGCGACAACUUGGCAGAGUUGGCUUCCAGGCGCUCCAAACACAGCCACAAAUUCAAACCCAAGCCAGCUUCCUCAGCUGUCCAUUUCAUUGGCUGCCGUUCGGCUGACGUCAGCACGUCGGACGUUUUCCCCGGUGUCUUGCAGUUUGGCGCCUGAGGCUGGGCCUCACAGGCCGGAGGAGAAGCUGCGUCUCUGGGCGUCGCCGUGGCAACGCGCGCGGUCUUUUCCGGGAGCCUUGGCGGAGGAAGAUCUUUUGGAAACCCUCGACCCACAACACCCCUACACAGUAGGUGCUGGGAGCAGCGGAACGAAAGGCAGACACACCUCGGUUGCUCCGACGGAAGGAAGAGGGCCCAUCUGUCCGUUCUUACAAGUUUCCCCCACUCGGGUCCUUGGUGUAUGCAAAUCAAGUUCUUCUGCGUUUUAGCGUCGCGGCUGGCCCAACUUUUCUUUUUGCCUCAGAUUUCUUGACCUACAGAAUGCUCCGAUACCCAUAUUUUUGCAGAACGUAUAAUAUACUGUUUUCAUACUUUGUGGAUUCUGGUGCAUUUAAUUUGGAUGUCUGUUUCCACACAAUCCACACUACAGCAGCAAUGCAUGCUGAAUAUAAAGCCUCAGAAGAGACAGCUCUGUGUGGCACUCAGGAGGUACAUAGAUCUGAAGAGAAAGAUUCUGAAGCCAUGGCUAAAUUACAUAUCCCAGUAAUGGUGGAUGAAGUUGUUCAUUGCUUGACACCACAAAAGGGACAGGUUUUUCUAGACAUGACAUUCGGUUCUGGAGGACACACAAAAGCCAUUCUGCAGAAGGAACCAGAUAUUACUGUUUAUGCCUUAGACCGAGACCCAGUGGCUUAUUCUAUAGCUGAGCAGCUUUCAGAAAUGUAUCCGACACAGGUCCAAGCUAUGUUGGGCCAGUUCAGCCAGGCAGAGGCUUUGCUAAUGAGAGCUGGAGUGCAGCCAGGGACUCUUGAUGGAGUCCUUUUGGAUCUGGGUUGUUCCUCCAUGCAACUUGAUGCUCCUGAAAGAGGCUUCUCCCUUCGGAAGGAUGGCCCCUUGGACAUGAGGAUGGAUGGAGACAGGUACCCUGACAUGCCCACUGCUGCUGAUGUUGUGAAUGCUUUAGAUCAACAAGCCCUUGCAUCCAUCCUAAGAGCAUAUGGAGAAGAGAAACAUGCCAAAAAAAUUGCUUCUGCAAUCAUUCAGGCACGCAGCACAUACCCUAUCUCUAGAACCCAGCAGCUUGCCAGCAUUGUUGCAGGUGCCUUUCCUCCCUCUGCUGUCUAUGCAAGAAAAGACUUGCUACAAAGAUCCACCCACAUUGCUACCAAGACUUUCCAGGCCCUUCGCAUCUUUGUGAACAAUGAGCUCAAUGAACUCUAUACAGGACUGAGGACAGCACAGAAGUUUCUGAAAACUGGUGGUCGCCUGGUUGCCCUCUCCUUCCAUUCCUUAGAAGAUCGUAUUGUCAAACGCUUUUUGCUCGGGAUAAGCAUGACAGAAAGAUUUAACCUGAGCAUUAGACAGAAGGUGAAACAAGCAUCACAGCUGGAUUCAGACCAUGAGACUGAGGAGAGAAGCUCUGUGAGAGCUCCUCUGAAGUGGGAGCUGAUCCACAAGAAGGUACUUACUCCAGGAGAUCAAGAUGUCCAGGAGAACCCCAGAGGGCGCUCAGCCAAGCUCAGAGCAGCCAUCAAAUUAUGAGGAUCUUAUUAUUUGAUCCACAAGUUUUUACUCAAUAUUCCUAUUUUUCUAACUUAAACCUGCAUUUCUGAAUAUAAUGUCAAGUAUGGGGCAGUCUGGACAAUAAUGGUAUUUAGCUUUUUUUUUUUUUCCUCUGAAGAAAAUGUAGGAAGUUUUAACAUAACAUAAAAGUUUCAGCUCGGGGAGCAGAGUCUUAAGACUAGAAAACUAUGUUGAUGAUGAUCUCUGCAUUUUAUUUUAAUUAUAAAAUGUAAUCCUUUCAUGAGGAAAUGGAAAAACUGUGACUUUGUAUUAAUUGGAAUUUGUAAGCUCAAGCUGCCAAAGAGAAUGAUAACCAUAUCUGUAUGCCCUAAAUUCUAAAUCGAGAUAUUCACAUUUGCAGUGGAAUUUCUAUGGCUUAUAUAAUUCAUGAUGAUCAUGAAAUAAAUUGUCAUUUCCCCUACCA